AUGUCGAAUUCCACUGAGAAAUCUGGUAAGAGGAAGAGGCCAACGGUGCCGCAUUUCACCGCUGCUUUCUGCUCCCGAUCCUUUUGUCUCUCCUCCAGAUCUUUCCCACAUAACCAAUGCCCCUCUUCUUUCCCGUCGCGCAUUUCAGCCGUCCCCAAUGCAGAGAUGAGUAACCACCCGUGGCUUGCAGGGACCCAGUCAUGCCCUCCUCCAGAGCUGCCGCAGCUCGUCGCGGAACAGCAUACGCCAAUUCCCGCCCAUGACAAGGACACAAAGCGGUUGAUUGUCGUGCUAUCAAAUGCCAGUCUGGAAACGUACAAGUCGUCGCAUGGGGGUCGAAACGGUCGGGAAGAGAAGUACUCGCUUCUCAACAGCGACGAGCACAUUGGUGUCAUGCGUAAGAUGGGCCGAGACAUCAGCGAGGCCCGACCAGACAUCACCCACCAGUGCCUCCUCACCCUGCUCGACUCCCCGAUCAACAAGGCCGGAAAGCUCCAGAUCUAUAUCCAAACCGCCAAGGGCGUUCUGAUCGAAGUGAGCCCGACGGUCCGGAUUCCUCGUACAUUCAAGCGGUUCGCCGGUUUGAUGGUCCAGCUGCUUCAUCGGCUCUCCAUCCGAUCCACCAACUCGAAUGAGAAGCUGUUGAAGGUCAUCAAAAACCCCAUCACCGACCAUCUGCCACCGAACUGCCGCAAAGUAACGCUAAGUUUCGACGCACCCGUGGUCCGAGUCCGGGACUACAUUGAGUCCCUGGGACCUCGAGAGAGCAUCUGCGUGUUCGUGGGUGCCAUGGCCAAGGGAAAGGACAACUUUGCGGACGAGUACAAGGACGACACGAUCAGUAUCAGCAACUAUAGCCUGAGUGCCAGUGUGGCCUGUAGCAAAUUCUGUCACGCUGCUGAAGAGGCGUGGGACAUUGUUUGA